AGAAUCGAAAGCCACCGACCGUCGACCAUCGACCGUCGACCGAAAGGCAACCCUCAACACAGUCCUCAGCCCAGAGAGCGCUCAGUCGGCGUCGACGUCGACGACGCAGCACGACAAGGCAGCGAACAGCGGGCCGCGGUCUCGACUCGCGCGGCGUUUCAGACUCAUCCCAGCGCCCGUGGCAACAACAACGCAGUCUUGCAGUCGUACGAGCGAGCAUACGAAUCGUCGUUUCGGGAACCGAGUUUCGCGCGCGUAUCGCGAGUGUCUGUCUGCCACAGAUAUCGAACCCAAUCGAAUCGAAUCGGAGGCAAGAAUAUCGGAAUAAAAUAGUGUCUAAAAUGCGGCAACUGUGCUCUUGGCGUCGCCAUCAAUGCGGGGCAAAGUGUGUGAAAUGUGCCACAUAGAAGGCCCUAACAUAUCCAAAACCUAACCAGAGAUCCAAAAAGAUACAACAUCUUUCCAGUGUGCACCGUGCAACGUGCAGCGUGCAACGUGCAUCGUGCAGAGUGAAAUUGCAUUUAUUUUGCAUUUAAAAUUUUUGAGUGUUUUAGUGCAAGUGGAAAAACCCACCACAAAAUUGGGCAACAAAACUAAGGAUUACAAUCGGGAGAUAUUCUUGAAAAACUAAAGAUAUAUCUUUCAACAGAAAUCAAGAAAAAUUAAAGAUCUCUCCCCCUCGCAGCAGAAUGAAGCAUAGCAGCAAAAUGUUCUCCCGCCAGUGCCUUUCCCCCGCCAGACCCUCAGCAUCCUCAACAUCAACCUGCCCCACAGUCAAUGCCACCGCCAGAAGAUGCCCCUUGGCCCUAAUGAUUGCCAUUGGAUGCUGCUGCCUACUGCUCAAUACGCCGACCAUACAGGCUUUCGAAAUCGCCACAUGCAACGUGCCCCUGGGCAUGGAGUCGGGAGCCAUAACAGAUGCUCAAAUCACAGCAAGCUCGGCCCAUGACACUGGCUUUGUGGGUCCUCAACAUGCAAGACUGAAAACCGAUAAUAAUGGCGGUGCCUGGUGCCCCAAGCACAUGGUAUCGAAUGCGCUCAAGGAGUAUCUGCAGGUCGAUCUGCUGCAGACGCAUGUGAUAACCGCUGUACGCACCCAGGGGAGAUUCGGCAAGGGCCAGGGCCAGGAGUACACCGAGGCCUAUGUCCUCGAGUACUGGCGGCCGGGCUUUGACAAAUGGCAGCGCUGGAAGAACUCCCAGGGCAAGGAGAUUCUGCCCGGCAACAUCAACACCUACAGCGAGGUGGAGAACGCCCUGCAGCCCAUAAUAUUCGCCUCAAAGAUACGCAUCUAUCCGUACGGCCAGUACGAUCGGACUGUCUGUCUGCGUGCCGAGAUCGUCGGCUGUCCCUGGGAAGAGGGCAUCGUCUCGUACAGCAUUCCGAAGGGCGUGCAGCGCGGCAUGGAGGUGGAUCUCUCCGACAAGACAUACGAUGGCAAUGAGCAGGGCGAUCGGUAUGUGGACGGUCUGGGCCAGUUGGUGGACGGACAGAAGGGCAAGGAUAACUUCCGCACGGAUAUACACGGCUUUGGAAAGGGUUAUGAAUGGAUUGGCUGGCGGAAUGAUACGCCCGGUCUGAUGGGCAAACCGGUUGAAAUUGUCUUUGAAUUCGAUACGGUACGCAAUUUCAGUGCCAUCGUCCUGCAUACGAACAAUAUGUUCACCAAGGAUGUUCAGGUCUUUGUUCAUGCCAAAGUCUUCUUUAGCAUCGGCGGACGUUACUUCUCCGGCGAGCCCGUACAGUUCUCGUACAUGCCCGAUACCAUAAUGGAUCAUGCCAGGGAUGUCACCAUUAAGCUCCAUCAUCGUGUGGGCAAAUAUUUGAAAAUCAAUUUGUACUUUGCCGUCAAAUGGAUAAUGCUAUCGGAGAUCAGUUUUAUAUCUGUCCCCGCCAUGGGAAAUUUCACAGACGAGCAGGAGCAGCGCAACGGCAACUCGCCCAGCCAGGCGCAGGAUACACGCGAGUAUCCUUUGCAGAGCAACGACUAUCAGCACAAUCAUGGCAAAAAUAAAAUGAACGUCGCCGCAAAUGGCGGAGGUGCAGGAGGCGCCACUGGUGCCUCAUCCGGCGGCGGCGGCGGCGACUCCAAGUACAACAAUGGACCGCAGUUAAUUGCACCACGGCCCAUUGAUCAGGAGCCGAACGAUGCGAAUUUCAUUGGCGUUGUCAUUGUUGUCCUAACAACGAUAAUUAUCCUUUUGGUGGCCAUCAUCCUGUUCAUCGUGUCGCGCACUAAGCGGGCCCGCGGCAGCAACGUCCUGGAUGCAUUCCAAUACAGCUUCAAUCCGAAUACCCUCGGCGGCAAUGUGGACAAGCAUCGACAGAAUGGCAAUAGCAUUAAGGCCAGUGUCGAUGACAACGAUUCCAUCGGCAAGAACAGCCUCUACCACGAGCCCUUCAACGUCAACAUGUACACGAGCGGCGUGAACGGCUACGCAGCGGUUAAUGAUUUACAGUGCAACAUGACGCCAGACUAUACAGAUGUGCCGGAAGGUGGCUACGCGGUGCCCCACAUGCAGGACUAUAUGCCCUCCACGAAAAUGGCAAACUCCGGCGUGGGCGUGGGCGUGGGCAUGGGCGGGGGAUAUGUGAAUGUUAGGCGGACACCGCCGCCACCGCUGAGCAGCAUAUUCCCCAGGCCGCCGACUGUGCCGCCGCCGCCCAUGGAGAAGUAUUAUGCCACCACGGCCAUUUUCAAGCCCAUCAAGGGGGCCGGCUCGGGCCUGAGCAGCAGCGGUGGCACCAGCAACACGAACACCGUCAGCAGCGGCGGUGGCAAGAGCAGCCACAGCAGCCAGCAGGAGCACAACAAUGGCAUCUACGACGACGGCAUGGGCACCAUGAACUCCCAGUCGACGGCUCCGAUGAUCAAUCCGUACAGCAGUGGGAAUGGCUCGGCGGCCGCUGCUGCCGCCGCCGCCGCGGAGUUCCAGCGGGCCAGAACCUACAAUUUCCGCAGCUAUCCCGAUAAUCUCUAGUUCGAAGCCUCCCUCAAGUUGGCAGCCGUCGGGCCUGGUAGCCGCUUAAAUGCGGCACCCCCCGCCAGCAGCACCACCAUGCCGAAGAAGCCGCAACAUUUGAGCCUCGCCAGCAGCACGGCCAACAGUGGCACCACCGCCAAUGCUGGCAGCAGCGGCAGUGGCAGCGGCAGCAACAAGCCCAAGUACAGUCUAACCCUGCACAACAGCAGUAGCAAUAAAUAUGCCACAGGCGGUGGCACAAAGAACAACCCACUGGCAACAACAACACUGCGCGACAAUCAUCAUCAGAGGCAACACCUCAAGGCUUUGCGGCUGACACGGGAUGCAGCACCUGGCGGCAGCUCCGACGCGGACUACAAGCGACCCACCAUGACGGGCCUGACGGGCCCGACGGGCGGUCUGUCCCCCGGUGAGGAUCUGGUGGGUGUCCAUCAGAACAGGACACUGGCCACCAUGAAGCCCCUGGCCUCGGCGGCUGUCAAUGGAGAAGCUUCAACAACUAAUCUAACAAAAUCGAUGGCGAAUGGAAUGGGAAAUGGAAGUGGAAUGGCGAACGGUGUUAUCAGAACACAAAACAACAGGCUGUGGUAUCAUUGAUGAAAACCCCAUAUUAAAUGGAUUUGAGCGCUGAAACUCUACACGAAAAUCCAAACACCAGCAAGAAAACGUUACAAAGUCAAGUACAGAAAGAUAGAGCCCGACACCAGAAGCAAAAUGGAUAGAGGCUGAUGAGGAGGAGACAGCAAGCACAAAGCGUCGAUAACAAUUAAACCCACUGAGCAAACCGGAAACGAAACAGAUACGGAAACGAAACGAACGUGAAGGCCUACCUAUCAUAGAGUAGUGUCAAGUCGAGGAGUGGAGAGGAGAGGAGAGCAUGCCAACGAAAUAGGUAAAGGAAUGUAUGGUAAAACACCCUGUAAAUAUAAAUAGAAUACCCACAUUGCAUAGAGCUGAAUUUUAAACAACAAAAUGCGCAUCGUAGGACAGAAAAAACAGAACGAAAGAUGGAAAAAUCACUUGAAAGAUGAAUGAGAAUAUACAUGAAUAAUGAAUAUAUAAAAACGAAUUUAAGGUCUAGCAUUUAGCGACAUUCAUUAAUUUGUUUAUAAAACGAAAAGCAGACGAAAGAAUAUUGUAUUGUAAUGGAUUAAUAAUGAUUAAAUGACUCAAAAACAAAAAACAAAACUAGCGAUAAAUAAAAAAAAAGUUCAACUGAUUUUUAGUACCUUUUCGAAAGCAAAAAUACACAAC